AGCUUGUAAAAGAGGACAUGAGGACAUUGUACACAGUUUACUGUCUGCUGGAGCUAAUGUUAAUAUUCAGGACAACCAUGGACAGACUGCACUAAUGAUGGCAAGUACAAAUACAUUUAAAAAGUCAGUUGCUACUUAUACAAAACCUGAUUUCAUGUUGCUAAAUCAGUGGCUUGAACCACUUGUUGACUGGCAAUCAUUUGGUCUUCUCUUACCUGGAAUAACACAAUGGAAUAUCAUAACAAUUCAACAGUUAAAUGCUAAACAUCAAAAACUAGCUUUAUUUACAAAAUGGUUGAAUACAGAUCCUACAGCAACAUGGAGAGAUGUACUCAAUGCAUUGACUAAAAGAGAAGAGAUCAAUUUAUUACAAACUAUUAAUGAUCAGUUACAAGUACACCAAUGUACAAGAGGUAGAGAAGUUGAUGAAAGCAAUAAGUCAUCAAUACAAUCAUCAGAGUCUGAGAAGGAAGAGAGUAAAAAGAAGAUGACAAAAGCAAUGCAAAUGGAAAUAGAUCAUUUACGAUCAUCUCUUCAAAGCAAAGCAGGAAUAGAAGAAACGUUAAUUGGAGUAGAGAAAACAUUAAUUGAAAGAGAAAAGGAGAUAGAGCUGUUACAGGAAAAGAUAUCAUUAAUGAAUAUACAACAACUGAAAGAAACUUCAAUUACUCUUAGUAUGUAUUACAUUAUAUUAACAUAA